AUGGAGGCUGCUAUGAGGGUCGUGACAUAUGUCAAGUCUUGUCCUGGUAUGGGUGUGUUAUUAAGUGCUACCUGCUCAGAUUCGCUUUCAGCCUUUUGUGAUGCAGACUGGGCUGCUUGCCCCAAGACAUGCAAGUCAGUCACAGGCUAUUUUGUCAAGUUUGGUAGCUCUUUGAUCUCUUGGAAGUCCAAGAAGCAAUCUACCAUCUCUCGCAGCUCAGCAGAGGCUGAGUAUAGGAGUUUAGCUUCUACUGUAGCUGAGGUGAUUUGGAUUCUUGGUAUGUUCAAGGAGUUGGGUAUUCCUCAUUCCUCUUUUGUUCCUAUCUAUUGUGAUAGUAAAUCCGCUAUUCAAAUUGCUACGAAUCCUGUUUUUCAUGAAUGCACGAAACAGAUUGAUAUUGACUGCCAUUUCAUUAGAGAAAAGGUUCAACAAGGGCUGAUCAGUACUGUCUAUGUUCCUACAGCAUAA